GCUGCGCUCGAACAGUUUGUUCUCGGACUUUUCGCUGGCAAGAGGGCCGCUUUUUGUCGCUCCACGCGCGCAACCGCAAGGAAAGCAUAUGUAUCUAUAUGGAAGCAAGAGAGCAGAAAGCGGAGAAGUGAGCAGAAAUCAAAUAAAAAUAUAGGAAAAAGUGUGAUUUUGAAGUGGGAUUUUGAGGUUUGGGUUGGACUUUUAUGGAUAAUUAGAGUUUAUGUUGGAAGUGAACGAAGGAAAUUUUGCGUUUAUCGUGAAAACGGAGGAAAAUUUCGACCGGAAGUGCCUGAAAAAAGUGAUUCUUUGCGUAGUAUUUUGACACGGAUUUAGCAGCGGAGAGUAGGCAGUUCAAUAUCAGCAGCCAAAAACACUACCACAGGGACCAGGAUGGAGUGUAUGUUACGGCCAUUUGGCUUGCUGUAUUGCUGAUGACGACGGUUAGCUGUAUUCAGAAGCAUCGCCUUUGCGCUCGCCUCGUUGUUGGUGUGCAAACAACACCACAUUCGUUUUUUUUCCUGAGGCAUGAUCCCAUAUAGACCAAUAUUCUGAGUACCCGUGCUCGGUGAGUUGUAUAGCUGUAAAUGCGCGACAUAUUAGUGCGCGGGCUGUGUUAUUGUAUCCUCUAACGUCUUCAACCUCAUCGUCGUCUUUUGCUCGCUCUCGGUAAUGAGAUGUGUUUAUAUAAGUACACAGAAACAUAAAAAUAAAUCCAUUGAAAAUGAAAAUAAGUCUACAGUGAGUGCGGAGACAGUUUCCAACAUGAAUUAUCAUCGGCAAAUUCCUUCUCGGAUUCGCUUGGCCGAAGUGAGACGACAUUACUGGUGCGAGACAAAUAAAACAAGCAAUUAAUUUCGGGUGAAAAUCAGCCAAGGAAAAACUACUCUCUCUCCUUCGAGAGGCAAAGGCAAGAAAUUAGUGCAAAUAUCAGUGCGACGUGAUUAAAAAUAAAAUGCCCAGAUUAAUUGCCCUGGUCGUCUUCGUCGGCAUUUGGAUGGUGGCUUACUCCUCGUCCAUCGAUGGCCCGGAUUGGGACCAGGAUGAUGCCGGAUUGGUCGCCAGUGGGGACUGUCCCCGGCUCUGUUCGUGCCUUGGAAAUGUCAUCGACUGCUCGGAAAAGAGCUUAAAACAGCUAUUCAACAUUCCACUAUGGGUGGAAAACCUAGAGUUAUCGUCGAAUCGGCUCGGCUACGACGCAGUUCAGGCGCAGGUGGUUAACCUAAGCAAACUGCAAGUUCUCAACGUCAAUCACAACAACCUGGGCCGGAUACCGAGGUUCUCCGGACUGGUCAGCUUGGUGCGGUUACAGUUGGCCAACAACGGGAUCGAGGCCAUCGAAGUUGAAGCACUGCAAGCCCUGACGGGUCUGAAGUUUUUGGACCUGUCUCGGAACAACAUCAAGGACGUCAACUACGGAUCGUUUCCGGACAAGAACAGUUUGCAGUAUUUGAACUUGAAUUUCAACAAGUUGACAACGCUGGGCAAGGGAACGUUUCAGCGGUUGCAGUCACUGAAGAGAUUGGAAAUCAACAGCAAUGCACUGGAAGAAGUGCAGAGUUUAACCUUCCAGAACUUGAAUCAGUUGAAGAGUUUAAAGAUGAACAACAACCGCAUAACCAGUCUCAUGGAUGGCGUCUUCCAUGGGCUGACAACGAUUCAGACUCUAGAGCUCAACAACAACAGCAUAACCAGUAUUCGGAAGGGAGGACUGUUCAACCUGACGAGCCUUACAAAUUUGGCCUUAUCACGGAAUGCAAUCGUCGAGAUCGAACAGGACGGGUGGGAGUUUGCUCCGAGAUUAUUCACCCUAGAUCUGUCCUACAACCGACUGGAGUCUCUGGACAAGUACACUUUUGAGGAACUCUCGCAGCUGAAAACUCUCAACCUAGAAAGCAAUCAAAUCUCCGCCAUUGGCGAAGGAACGUUCAACAAUACGAAAAGCUUGGAGGUGCUUUACUUGGGUAUGAACAAAAUUUCCUGGACCAUCGAGGACAUGAGGGGACCAUUUUACGGCUUAUCCAAAUUGGAAAGGUUGUAUCUUAACUCGAACGAAAUUAAAUCCGUCAGCAGGAAUGCCUUCAUUGGACUCAAGUCGUUGCUGCUGCUGGAGCUGAGUCAGAACAACAUUUCUUCUAUUCAGAGCAACGCGUUUAAGGAUACGAUUCGGUUGAAGACAUUGAUCAUGAACUCCACUAAUCUGCUGUGUGAUUGCAAUCUCGUGUGGUUCUACCACUGGAUGAAGGAGCGGAAAGACGUCUUCCAGUUGGAUGCUGAAUGCAGCUAUCCCAUUUGGUUGCGCGGGCAGCUGAUCCGGGAGCUGAGUGCUUCAAACUUCUCGUGCUAUGACUCCCCGAAGCCGCACCUCAUUGACGAGCCCAAAACACAGUUCGGAAUCCGUGGCACAAAUGUUACGCUAGUGUGCACGGCUACCUCGACCGCUCCAGAUGUGAUGACCUUCAAGUGGAAACACGACAACCUAGAGUUGCCGGAUUCCGGUUCCAUUGUGACGCAGCUCAACAACGACAACGGAACGGUUGGAACUACACAGCUGACCAUCCCGAACAUCCAGAACGGAGCCGCCGGCAAGUACCAGUGCAUCAUCACCAACGCCUACGGGGUGGUCUACUCCCAAAAGGUUAAGGUGACGGUGGGUACUUUCCCGUUUUUCAAGAAAACUCCGAGUGAUAUCAGUGUGCAAGCCGGAAAAAUGGCUCGGCUGGAUUGUGCCGCCGCCGGGGAUCCUAAGCCACAGAUUUCCUGGGAAAAGGACGGAGGGAAUGACUUUCCAGCGGCGAAGGAUCGCCGGAUGCACAUCUCAGCGGAUGACGGAGCUUUCUUCAUAAUGAACGCUCAGAUAGUGGACAUGGGAGUUUAUACGUGUUCGGCCGAGAAUGCGGCUGGUGUGAUCAAAGCUAGUGCUUCGGUACUGGUCCUAGAGUCGCCAAUGCUCUUGAAACCGUUGGAAACAAAAGUAGCAGAACUUGGGACGUCUAUUGUACUGGAUUGCUCCGCAUCUGGGUACCCGAAGCCUGUCAUCCUGUGGUUCAAAGAUGGUGAACCACUCUUGGUAACCGAGAGGCAUUUCAUAAUAGCAGAUGGUCAGUUGAUGAUCAUCGUCAAAACGGAUUUCGACGAUGCAGGAGACUAUGAAUGUCAAGUUGAGAAUGAGUUUGGCAGUCAACGAGGUUUGAUGAAACUAUCAGUUAUCGAAGGCCCAGAAUUGGUUCAUGACGAUAUUUCGAGUACUAACACAGAUACCGUAUCCGGUAAUACCGGCCAUGUGUUGAACGAUCGGGAUAUUAUAGCAAUCAUUUUGAUCACGAUCAUAUGUUGCUGUAUUCUUACUUCGUUGAUUUGGAUUGUUGUCAUGUUCCGGAUGCGGAAACGAAACGAUGAAGACUACAGUGGUUAUCCAGACAAUCUGCAAGCUAAUCAGCAGAAUCUGAUCGUCCGUAGUGGCAUCGGUUCGGCACCAGCGGGGUAUUUUGAAUUCCUUAUACCCAUGGUCCAGAAUGAAGCAACGACCAACGUAGACGACGAGGAGCAGAAUCCUUCAACGAACCGCUGCUACUACACCGUUGUUCCUAAGGUACCUCCCAAAACGCGUCGUAACGGAGCCGAAUCCGACGACAUGGAUGAUGAUCUCUCUUCCAAAGAUUCCGGCACUGGUGGCGACUGUGGCUCCGCUACCGGAUCUACCAACGCUCACCGUGGCAGCCACGACGAUCUCAAGUGUCUCUUCCAAACGCUCACUCGCAAAACUGCGGAACUUGGUAGUGCCUACCCGUACGACGAGCACGAUCCGGACUCGGAUCCACGGAUAGAACCGCCACCGCCGAUUCCGCCCAUCAAUGCCACCACGGCCAUCCUGGUCAACACGGAUCCGAACAAGAUCGUGUUCAGCGACGAUCUGCCUCCGCCUAUCAUCUCCCGGAUGGCCAACUCGCAGACGUUUCCCACCUUCGUGCAUCCGUCCUCGGUGGCGUCCGCAUCGUCGCUAGUGGCGGCAACUUCGAUGGAAGCGUCCGUCAGCGGAGGCCAGCAGCACGCCGAGCCCCAGCAGCAGCCUAGUCAGAUCCAGGUCAACAAGCUGUAUCAGUUGUUGAUCGAGAAUCGUGCAUUGCUGGAGAAACCGCCGGUAUCCGGUGGUCCCGUGCAGCAGGAGCAGCAACAUCAACGUGGAGUGGAAGCAGUAAGUUGUGGGACGGGUGCAAGCAGAAGAAGCGGAACGCCUAUCAGUGACAGUGUCUCGGGAAAAGAUACAGCAAAUCUUAGCAGUUUGAUCAAGUGCCAUCGUCGUCAACGCGUUUUAUAGUGUUUGUUCACGGGAAGAAAUCUAGCAGUGAUUGUUGUGUGUGUUAGUGUGAAUCCAAAACAAAGUACAGUUAGCUACAGGCUCGUUGAAGUAUUGUGUAUCGUUAUAGCAUAGCGAAAAGUAAUAUUUUCUUGUGGAAAGUAGUUCCAGAGCAAAAUGACAUUUCUUUAUACUUUUAUGGACAUUGAGAUCCGUAGGCAAGGUUUGUAAAAAAAAAGUUUUUAGCGAUAUUAUGGUGUAGUUUUUUCUGAAAACUCAAACUGGUGAUUCCUAAUCGAUAAUCGAUUGUCAUGUCGUGUGUCUUAAUUUAAAAUUUUGGAAAGUUUGAAAACGCAAUAAUAAUAUUUUGUAAUACAAUGGUAUUUUGGAAACAGGAUGUGUCACAAUAAUUUAAAAACGUUCAUCGAGGAGACUGGCAACACUUUUUACAGCUUCAGAAAAUGGUAUCAUCGCAUCACUGAAUCGAAACGGCUGUUUUGAUGUAGAAGUGAUUUUGAAAAAUUGAAUAACGCAGACGAACAAAAAUGAUUCCCAUCCAAUCUGAUAUCGUGCCUUUGAUUUUUGCAUUCUAGCAGAGUUGCCAUUCUUCACGAUGGAACGAAUUUGAUUUCAAACCAUUUGAUUAAACUAAUCAUAAGCCUUACAGGAAAGGACUGAAAUGUUUUUGCUGUGUGUCUCGUUAGAGAACAAAGAAAUUGAAAGACCCUAUGCGUUUGAAUGUGUGAUUCCUUAUAGUCCUUAAAGUUUAAGUAACUAAGUGCAUCUUCCCUUUAUCCACAUGCCACUAAAAUAUGCCUUUGCUCUUCACUAAAACUCUAGCUUAUAAGCGAAUGCGAAUUGACUCUGUGAUUUUGUUUUCUUGUUUUAGCAACGUAUGUUUAGGCCGUAAGCUUGUUCAGUUUUUAGUUUAACCCUAAUUUCCGCUCCGAAGCUGGACGGAAAUUUAUUGUUACUAUCAUUUGCAGACAGAAACGGUGACGCGAGUGUGGUGCAAUUACAAUGAUUAAAUAAAGUAACGAAAUGCCCAGUGAUGAGGAUUUAUUAUAAACUCGCAACUUUUUCCCCAGAGGCUCAAACCAAAGAGAUUUCUCCACGUUAAAUAACCUAAUUUAAAUUCUGAGUCAUGAUUUAGAUUUUAUAAUGAGGCUUUUGCUCCUACAAGUGUCAUCGUUGUAUGUCAGUUUAGUUCAAGUUGUUUUGAAAAACAUAAAAUUGGAAUAAAAUUUUAUCCUUUAUGAACUUUAAGAUAAUAUUAUAUUAUAGACCAGAAACAAAAAAGUGCCGUAAUAAGUUAAGGAUUGGCUGACUGAUUGAAAAUCAUACUGUUAUGAUAACGUUGCCUUCUUUUUUGCACAGUUAAAAAAUCACACAUUUAUGUUUUGGAGCAGCAUCACUUAAAAUUGAGAAACAAUCAGUAUUUACCAUUUACUUAAGAAUCAAAAGUCCAUAUUGAAAUUUACAAUCGUAAUAAUAAUAAUAGCAAUUUAAAACAGCAGAGGUUUACAACAAUCUCAAUCACAAACCGUUCAGUACAACAGUUAUAGCAGUGUUUUCUAAUUCUUCUCCAAAGCUUUCUACUAUUUAUUUAGUAAUUUAUUUCAGUUAGCAAAUAGCAACCAUUAUAAUAACCAAACCCCAAACAGUAUAUGGAAAUACCAGAGAACAAUAACAGAACAAAGUAUAACAGUCAAGUGAACUUUUCCAACAAUUGUUCAUUCGUGCACGACUAUUAAUUAUUCGGAAACUUUGCUCGACUAUUACACAAACAAUACCUACUAUGGAACAAAUAUUGAUUGACGUGCGUGUUUGAUAGAAUUAUUUAUUGAGACAGCAAACUUUACUUGUAAAUAGAUACAUUGUACAAAACUAAAUCGGUUCAAAAUUACGUUGAAGGUACGUUCGAUACAAACUAAUUGUAACAAUUUGUUUUUGAUUUCGACACGUGUUGAAAAUUGUCGACUGUAAUAUGAAAAUGACAUGAAUAAAAGAAAAUACUAAUUAAA